GGUUCCUCCCAGCAGCCUCUCAGCUCAGAGGGAAAGCUUUUCUUCUCACAGCAGCGGCGGGGAUUUUUUGCCUGCACACGCCGGAUAUUCACCACAUCCAAAAAACACACCCUCGCGACUGAAAGCGGCGACACAAGGACACUUUCUGGGUCGUGAAUCCCUCCCCGUCCCACCUCUCUGAUUUGGGCCGUCGUUGCUUUUUCUCCAGUGUAGUUUUUUUAUUUUUGCCCUCCUGACUGUCUUUCUGUGGCGCACUCAGCUUUCUUCUGCUGACAUGGUAGAUUAUCACGCUGCCAACAACCAGUCCUCGGUCGGAGGGGCGCAGACCUACAUGGAGCAGGAGAAUGACUGGGACCGGGACUUGCUCCUAGACCCGGCCUGGGAGAAGCAGCAGAGGAAGACGUUCACGGCGUGGUGUAACUCCCAUCUGCGGAAGUCUGGCACGCAGAUUGAAAACAUCGAGGAGGACUUCAGGGAUGGACUCAAGCUCAUGCUGCUGCUGGAGGUCAUCUCAGGCGAACGGUUACCUAAACCUGAGCGAGGCAAGAUGAGGGUCCAUAAGAUCAACAACGUCAACAAAGCUCUGGACUUCAUCGCCAGCAAAGGAGUCAAACUGGUCUCUAUUGGAGCAGAAGAAAUCGUGGACGGAAACGCCAAGAUGACCCUGGGAAUGAUCUGGACCAUCAUCCUCCGCUUCGCCAUUCAGGACAUCUCUGUAGAAGAGACCUCUGCGAAGGAGGGUCUUCUGCUGUGGUGCCAGAGGAAGACCGCUCCCUACAAGAAUGUCAACGUGCAGAACUUCCACAUUAGCUGGAAGGACGGUCUCGCCUUCAACGCUCUGAUCCACAGACACAGACCUGAUCUCAUCGAUUACGACAGCCUCAGAAAGGACGACCCAUUGCACAAUCUGAACAACGCCUUCGAGGUGGCCGAGAAGCACCUGGACAUCCCCAAAAUGUUGGACGCAGAAGACAUCGUGGGUACGCUGAGGCCGGAUGAGAAGGCCAUAAUGACCUAUGUAUCCUGCUUCUAUCACGCCUUCUCUGGCGCACAGAAGGCUGAGACAGCCGCCAACCGCAUCUGCAAAGUGCUGGCUGUCAACCAGGAGAACGAGCAGAUGAUGGAGGACUACGAGAAACUGGCCAGUGAGCUGCUGGAGUGGAUCCGCCGGACCAUCCCCUGGCUGGAGAACCGAACCCAGGAGAAGACAGUGAAUGACAUGCAGGCAAAACAGGAGGACUUCAGAGACUACCGCUGUGUUCACAAACCACCCAAGGUCCAAGAGAAAUGCCAGCUGGAGAUCAGCUUCAACACUCUGCAGACUAAACUGAGACUCAGCAACAGACCUGCCUUCAUGCCAUCAGAGGGACGCAUGGUUUCUGACAUCAACGGAGCGUGGCACACUCUGGAAGGAGCAGAAAAAAAAGGCUACGAGGAGUGGAUCCUCAGCGAGAUCAGACGUCUGGAGAGACUGGAGCACUUGGCUGAGAAGUUCCACCAGAAGGCUGCGAUCCAUGAAUCCUGGACCGAUGGUAAGGAGGCCAUGCUGACCCAGAAAGACUAUGAGACUUCCACCCUGUCAGAAGUGAAGGCAUUGCUACGAAAACACGAGGCCUUUGAGAGCGACCUGGCAGCCCAUCAGGACAGAGUGGAGCAGAUCGCCGCCAUUGCACAAGAACUCAAUGAGCUGGAUUACUACGACUCUGCCAGCGUCAAUGCUCGCUGCCAGAAGAUCUGUGAUCAAUGGGAUGUCCUGGGAGCCCUCACCCAGAGCCGCAAAGAGUCACUGGAGAGGACAGAGAAGCAGCUGGAGUCAAUAGACGAGCUUUACCUGGAGUACGCAAAGAGAGCGGCGCCCUUCAACAACUGGAUGGAGGGAGCGAUGGAGGACCUGCAGGACAUGUUCAUCGUUCACAACAUCGAGGAGAUCCAGGGUCUCAUCACAGCCCACGAGCAGUUCAAGUCCACCCUGCCGGAGGCCAACAAGGCGGAGGCCAUCCAGUCCAUCCAGGCCGAGGUGCAGAAGAUCGCCCAGAGCAACGGCAUCAAGCUGAGCGGUGGGAACCCCUACACCACCAUCACACCCGAGAGCAUCGACAGCAAAUGGGAAAAGGCAAUGGAGAUGGUGCCGCAGCGUGACACAGCCCUGCAGGAAGAGCUCAAUAAGCAGAAUAGCAACGACAGUCUGAGAGCCAAGUUUGCCACUCAGGCCAACACCGUCGGCGCCUAUAUACAGGACAAGAUGGAGGAAAUCGGCAGGAUAUCCAUUGAAAUGAACGGCACUCUGGAGGACCAGCUGACCAGCCUGAAGGACUACCAGCAAAACAUCGUGUCUUACACGCCUGAAAUUAACACACUGGAGGGAUACCAUCAGCUCAUCCAGGAGGCCCUCAUCUUUGACAACCAGUACACUUCCUAUACGAUGGAGCACCUCCGUGUGGGUUGGGAGCAGCUUCUCACUACCAUCGCCAGGACCAUAAACGAGGUCGAGAACCAGAUCCUGACUCGUGACGCCAAGGGCAUCAGCCAGGAGCAGCUGUACGAGUACCGCGCCUCCUUCAACCACUUCGACAAGGACCACAGCGGGGCCCUGCAGGCCGAGGAGUUCAAGGCCUGUUUGAUCAGUCUGGGCUACGAUGUGGAGAACGACAAGCAGGGUGACACCGAAUUUGCUCGCAUCAUGGGCAUAGUGGACCCCAACGGCAGCGGCACCGUCACCUUCCAGGCCUUCAUUGACUUCAUGUCCAGGGAAACGACCGACACGGACACCGCAGACCAGGUCAUCGCCUCCUUCAAGAUCCUGGCCGCUGAUAAGAACUACAUCACGGCCGACGAGCUGAGGCGGGAGCUCCCCCCCGACCAGGCGGAGUACUGCAUCGCCCGCAUGGCGCCCUACGCAGGGCCCGACGCCGUUCCCGGAGCCCUCGACUACAUGUCUUUCUCCACCGCUCUGUAUGGUGAGAGCGACCUGUAGAGGAGGAAGAGGAGGGCUGGACAGACGAGGGAGGGAGG